UUCAAGCCCUCUCUGACCCUACAGAUAUGAGCAAAUACCUGUGUGUUUGUCUAUGUAAGUGCAUGUCCCUCCCUGACAGCAAAUAUCAGCCAGACACUGGAGAGGCUCAGGUAUCAGAUACCAUCUCAGAAACCAACUCAUUGGUGGAAACAACCUGCUGAGUAAAAGGCAAAAAAAAAGGGAGUCAUGCUGCAAGCUGGAGAACCAGUGCCAGACAGAUCUUCUGUACAUGCCUCAGCCUUGGGAAACCUUAGUUUGGAGCUCGGUCAAGGAUGAGACACAGGACCGUAGGAAACUUGCCUUUAUUAUUUCCAAGGCUCAGGGAGCUACUUGUUUCCUAUUUAAUCCAAAUAGCUUUGCAGCUUUGGAGAGAAAUGUGGCAAGAACAAUAACAAAAACGUCUGUAGUUGUUCCAAUAAUUCUUUGUACUUGUUUCCUGCAUUUGUUUCAAAUUUAAUACUUAAAUGGCAACAGUCAUGCUUGAAAAGAUGAGGAAACCCAAGGUUUCCUUCUUUUACACUUCACAAUUCCCUCAUGGGGAUAUGGACAUUUUGGACCUGUUAGUCUGUAUUGUUAGGAUACACAAAUGCCCUUGAUCAUCACAGCUCUGUACACAGGGACUCUUUCUAUCCGUCCCUAUAUGUCUGAUGGGGGGUUUGAUGGCCAUGGAGGUGGCAUUAGCUGUUGAAGCUGUUGUCAUGCUGACCCACUUUAAAAGCCUCAUUAUGGAACUGUGAUAUUGCUGUUCCUUUCUGCCCUUCUUUGGUCACUGACACCAUCCCAUGACAUACAGGCACUGGAUCAGGUGCUGGUGGUCCCUGGGGUUCACUUCCAUGUAUCAUGUUCAAAGAAGAGCAAAGACUGAGCACUUAAUAUUUAGUUUUAGGGAGGAUUAUGAGCAAAUUAUAGAAUCAUGGACUGAGUCUGGAAAAGAUCAUCCCUGGGAACACCAGUAGUAACUAGCUGCCAAUACACAACUGGAUUUGAGUCCAUUCACCAUGAAUGGACUCCAGCCACCUAGCAAGCUUUUAAAAUAACUCUUCCUGAACUACUUUGUAAGCUUGGUUUUGCCAGCAUCCCUGUUUCUCCUUGUGCUGCAAUGACCUAGAUGUGCCUCCUGCUAAUGCCUGUCACUGCUGAGUCCAGAGUGUGUAACUCUCAGAACACAAUUCCCCUCAAACACCAGUCUGGUCGAUCCCGUAUCAAGUCAUAAAAGCAGGCGAUACAAAAUGAUUACAGAAAGAGCCGAGAUGCUUACAAGUAAUACAUCUACCUUUUAAAUGAAUUCAUCUACUUAUUUUACAAUACAUGAUGAGUGUUUAGGUGAAAUUCUGCUCUCAUCUUCAAAUGCCCUCAGUUUCUCAUUAGUUAAAAGCCCACUCAUUAGGACGAGCACAUCCUGGGGACAAACACAUCAGCUGUUGUAAAUUAUUUCAGAAAAGUUUUCUGCUAUUCAUUGAUUUUAUGGAGGACACACCAUAGCAAUUUCCCAGAAAAAGCCCAAGCCAUGGAUGUUGGGGUCACAGUGUUGGCAGUGGUGGCACUGCUGACUCUGGCUGAUGCUCAGCUGCCGAAGCCGGCACGGGCCCCUCCGGUUCUGCACAAGCCUUUCAUGGUUGUUUGGAACGCGCCGACCGAGCAGUGCAGGCUGCGCUACAAGGUGGACCUGGACCUCAGUGUUUUUGACAUUGCAUCCAACAUCAAUGAGACUCUGAGCGGAUCCAAUGUGACCAUCUUCUAUCACACCCAUUUGGGAUACUACCCCUACUACUCAGAUAAUGGAGAUCCCGUUAAUGGGGGGGUGCCCCAGAACGAAAGUCUUAUCAAACACCUUAGCAAAGCAAAGUCUGACAUUGACUAUUGCAUACCCAUGAAGAAAUUUCAGGGACUUGCAGUCAUUGACUGGGAAAACUGGAGGCCCCAGUGGGAUAGGAACUGGGGCAAUAAAAGCAUUUAUAGAAACAAAUCUCUCGAGAUUGUUAGGAGACGGCAUCCUCGGUGGCCAGAGGACAAAAUUAGGAAAGUGGCUAAAGAGGAAUUUGAAAAUGCUGGCAGGAGUUUUAUGAAUAACACUAUCCUUCUGGCUGAGCAUAUGAGACCAAAUGGUUUGUGGGGUUACUAUCUUUACCCAGACUGCUACAAUUACGAUUACAAAGAACACCCCCAAACAUACACAGGGAAAUGCCCACCCAUUGAAUCUUUCCGCAAUGACCUCCUGCUUUGGUUGUGGAAGGAAAGCACUGCUCUCUACCCUUCUAUAUACCUGGAUUAUAUACUGAAGUCAAGUCCAAAUGCACUAAAAUUUGUUCACUAUCGGGUUAAAGAGGCAAUACGUGUUGCCUCAAUUGCUAGAAAAGACUACGUUUUGCCUGUAUUUGUUUACUCCAGACCAUUUUAUGCCUAUACUUUUCAUGUUUUAACAGAGAGGGAUCUGGUCAAUACCAUUGGGGAAAGCGCGGCUUUGGGAGCAGCUGGAGUUGUUCUCUGGGGCAGUAUGCAGUAUGCCAGCUCAAAGGAGAGCUGCUUAACGGUGAAGCAGUACAUCGACGGGCCUUUGGGACACUACGUCAUUAAUGUGACCUCAGCAGCCAAGCUCUGCAGCAAAGUCCUGUGCAAGAAGAAUGGAAGAUGCAUCCGCAAAAACAGCGACUCUUCUGCUUACCUCCACUUGUCACCCAGUGAUUUUAAGAUCCACGACCGUCGUUCAGAGAGGGGCCCCAGGUUCCAGGUGACUGGUAAACCCAGCCUGGAGAGUAUUGAAGCCAUGAAGCAGAGGUUUAUUUGUCAGUGUUACCAGGGCUGGACAGGAAUAUUUUGUGAAUUGCCAGACCAAAAGCUAUUGAAACACUGGGUUCAUGUCGUGUUUAGUAGAUCAAGAAAACAAAGCCUUUUUAUCUUCCUCUUAGGAGCCAUGCAGCUUCUUCUGUUUUGUUCUGUACAUUAAGGUCUUCUAAGGCAGUGCAGGGGAAUAAAAAUGGUGCCUCUACGAGUUCUGUUUCUUAAAAAAAUAUUGUAGAGGGAAAAGACUUUCUUGAUUACAUUAUUUUAUUCUGUUUUAGUAAUUUUCCACUCCUGGAACUUUCUAAGACAUUAAAAAUUUCGAAAGCACUUUUUUACCAGCUCCUUUACUCCUACCCUGUGUUUCCCUCAUGUGUUCAACACAUAAAGAUUCUGUUGUUGCAGUGGUAGUUUUACCUGAGGAAAAAAGUUGAAUGAACUUGUAGAAUUAUUCAACCAUGUAGAAAUUCAAAAAGAAGAACACAAAACCUCUUUAUUUUGGGAGUGGGUGAUUUAACAUAGUGAUGAGGAGAGUGUUGUGGAUCAGGGAUUAGGAACUGUUCUCUGCAGCUCUUGCUGAAAUCAAGUGGUACAUUGUGUGAGCAACUGCACUAUUCCCAGAGCCAAAUCCAUUGAUCCUACUGCUUCUAUAUAAGCAAUGUGAAGAGUAUAGAGUUAGACAUCAGCACACAUUUUUAAAAGUUUAUACUUCCGUAUUCUGAGGCCUAAUUUGAUUAAUGUUACUUCCAGAGAUAUUGGUAUUUCCAGUACUAGUGUUCUGUCAUCAGUUUCAAAGAUACUGUCUGACUGAACAUCUCUGCAGUUACUUUUAGGUGAGGGGAUUCUGAACUCUAAGAGCAGCACUGGCAGCUGGCACCCAGCAGCGCUUCUGCCUGGGCAGGAAGUAGGGAAGCACUUCUUUGCUCACCACA